AUGGUUUCCAACUCCUUUUUGAAGUUGACUGCGGUUGGUCUGGCCACUGCUCAGCUCGGUGCUGCCCAGACUUACACUAAGUGCAACCCGUUCAAGAAGACCUGUGCUGCCGACACCGGUCUGAACCAAUGGCAACUCAACACCGACUUUACCUCUGGCUCGUCUGCUUUCAGCAAGUGGAACACGACCUCGGGCUCUGUCGAGAGCACUUCGCUCGGUGCCAAGUUCACCAUCUCCGAGCAGGGCGAUGCUCCCACUAUCGAGAGUGACUUCUACAUCUUCUUCGGCCGUGUCGACGUCAAGAUGAGAGCCGCCAACGGCACCGGUAUUAUCUCUACCGCCGUUAUGGAGUCCGAUGACCUCGAUGAGAUCGACUGGGAGCAAAUCAGCACCUACGACUCCUCCAUCGAAACCGACUACUUCGGAAAGGGCAACACCACCUCCUACGACCGAGCCACUACCGUUGACGUCUCCAGCCCUGAAGAGACCUUCCACACGUACAGUAUCGACUGGACCUCCAGCCGCAUCGAGUGGCUCCUCGACGGCUCCGUCGUGCGCACCCUCGAGUACGCCAAUGCUGUCUCCGGCAAGAACUUUCCCCAGACCCCCAUGCGCAUCAAGAUCGGUAUCUGGGCCGGUGGUGACCCCGAUAACGCCGAGGGUACCAUUGAGUGGGCUGGCGGCGAGACCGACUACACCAACGGCCCCUUUACCAUGUACGUCGACUCGGUCAACAUCACCAACUACAACCCCGCCCAGGCCUACAAGUACACCGACAAGACCGGUUCCUAUACUAGCAUCAAGGCGAGCAACAGCACUUCCUCUACCAACCUGGGCAGCUCGUCGAGUUCGGUGGCCAGCUCCAGCAUGGCCUCGUCCAGCUCGUCUGCUUCCAAGACUGCUAGCUCCGGCUCGGCUGCUAGUGCCUCUGCCUCCUCGACCAUGUCCUCUGCUGCGUCGCUGUCGCAGUUCUGCUUCGUUUUCGCGGCUGGCAUGGCUGCUUUCGCUGCUGGAAUCUUCCAGCUGUAA